AUCACGCCGGAAGAGAAGGAGGUCCUUUUCCCAGCCAUCUUGUGGCAUCAUUUAGCGAAGUGUUCGCACCAAGCCUCGUAGAAUCGGAGGAAAAUCCUGCUGAAGGGGCGCCAUCAUGCCCGGACAUAUGCAAGAAGGUUUCGGCUGCGCCAUAGCCAACCGAUUCGACCAACUAUUUGACGACGAGUCGGACCCGUUCGAGCUGUUGAAGGAGGCGGAGAACAAGAAGAAGGAGGCUCCUGUCCCUGGUGCCGCCAAGACCGCAGCCCAAGCCGCCAAGCUUCAGAAAAAGGAGUCCCAGAAAGAUAGAAAGAUGGUCCCUGCUGAUAAGAAAGAUGAGCCUCUGGCACCCGUGCCUCUGAAGAAAGAUGGACCUGGUCCCAGGAGGAUGGGUCGCAGGCCUGAGGGUCAGGGCCCAGCUGGUGGACCGCCCCGUGAGUUCCAGGGCGAGGGCCGCCCCCCUACAGACAGACCCCCCCGGACUGACAGACGGCCACCACGCCGUUUCGAGAGGCCCCCCGGCGGAGAGGAGAAGCCUGGCGAGGGAGGAGAGUUCUCUGUGGAGAAGCCCAUUGGGGAAAGGUCGAUGAGAGGACGUGGUGGUGGCGGCAGGGGCCGGGGAUUGGGCAGCAGGGGCCGAGGCAUGGGCAGGAGCGACGGCUUCGAUGCCCGAGGAAAGCGUGAAUUUGACAGACACAGCGGCAACGAUCGAUCCAGCCAGAAAGGUGAGGAGAAGCGUGGAGGAAGUGGAUCUCACAACUGGGGCACCGUCAAGGAUGAGAUGGGCGAGCUUGACCAAUCAAACGUGACCGAGGAGACCCCUGAGGGAGAGGAGCAUCUGCCCGCCGACUCUGAGAAUAAUAGGGAGAACGAGGUUGGUGAACCUAAGGAAGUGGAACCCAAGGAGAUGACUCUGGAUGAAUGGAAGGCCCAGCAGGACAAGGAGAAAACCAAGGUGGAGUUCAACAUCCGCAAGGCCAACGAGGGAGCCGACAGCCAGUGGAAGAAAGGAUACGUGCUGCACAAGUCCAAGGACGAGAAGAAAGAUGAUACUCUGAUUGAAGCUGCAGUGGAGGCUGAGGGAGUCGCCCCUAAGACAGAGGAUGAUCACCACUUCCGGAAGCCGGCCAAUGACAUCACUGCCCAGUUGGAGAUAAACUUUGGGGACCUGGGCCGCCCCAGCCGUGGUCGUGGUGGACCCCGUGGUGGCAGGGGGGGCCGUGGGCGCGGGGAGGGCAGAGGAGAGUUCCGAGGAGAGUUCCGCGAGCGUGAGCCCAGAGAGCCCCGUGAGCGUGAUGGUGGAGCCCCCACCAGGCCGGCCCGCGGAGGCCGGACUGACAAGCCGAGCGGGGUGAUCGUGCCCAACGUGGACGACCCCGAGGCCUUCCCGGCCCUGGCCUAAGAUGGAGUGGCUGCCCGUUAGGCCCCCAGGAGCCCCAGGCAGACCCCUAGGCCCCUCUACGAGGCUUGCAUGUUUCUGGAUCCUUCAGCAAAAAUUAUAUGGUGGAGAAGACUGUCAUGGCCCAUGACACUUGCAUCUGAGGACUGAAUUUUACCCGUUUUAUUAAAAAGAAAAUAAGGAAAAAAAACAGAUGGAAGAAGAAAAAAGAAAUAAAAAAGAAAAGGACUUCUUGCUACUUCCGGAGCAAAUUAUUGGUAGAGGUUUUGUACUUAGAAACAAGGUAGCAGGGAUGUUUUCAUACAGUAUUUUUUUCAGAGAUUAUGCGUUCUUCAUUAAUACUUUUUUUGUAUUGCUGCUUGAAAAUACGCAUUUCCAAAUAUAAGGUAUGAGAAAGUUGUAAUUUGAGCUUGUGGUGUCCCAUAGCUUGCUUUGCUAUAUGAUCACUUCAAACCAGGCUGUACAAGGAUGGAACCCAAGCCAACUAGCUCUUACCAUACUGGGUAUUUCUGAAGAGGUUACUGUAUCAUCGCUCAGUGACAUUUCAAGGACUUUGCUUUAGUUUGCAGUUUUGUGUAUUAUUUUUUUUAAAGUAAGGCCUAGACCUCUAUGAUAUAGGCCUGGAAAAGAAAAAUAAAUUUAUGGUAAGAUAUCUUGGGGUGAGAUAUUAUUUCUGAUGGUGCGGAUAGGGACAUGCCUUGGAUCGUUGAUCUCCAUUUUAACUAUUUAAGUGUAGAUACACUUAACACUUUUAAAGUGGAGCCUAAAUCAGUUGUUUAUUAAAAUGUAUUUUGUAUAGAAAAGAGUUUCCAAAGGACUCGAUAGCAGGGGGAAGGAAUACUUCAAUGGUUUAAAAUGUAUCCGUCUGACAUAUUUAGCUCGUUGCUCUAUAGGUGAACCGAUCCCCCUGUACGGUUUCAUUUAACCCCUCUUGAGCUGCGUCUCAAUGACACAGUGGCUUCCUCCUUGUUUCCUCCAUCUGCACUGAUGUGAAAACAGAUUUGCCACAUCAGUUCAGCUCUGAGGUAAGGAAAAAAACAGGAAGCCACUGAGACUUGUGAUGCAGCUAAGAUCCUUUGGAAGCCCUCAGACCUUCUCACACUGUUUACACACCAUUCCAGGGCUGCAUUCAGCAGUGCACCACAUUGUGCAACGUUCAGAUAGAAAUGCAUUGUAUAGAACAGACAGUGAGGAGUCGUGUCAUCUCCACUCAUGGCAUUUAUCUGCAACGCUCUGUACAUCGCACCCUGCUGAACGGGGCCCAGUAUACUGAUAACAAUGUGAACCUGCUCCUGCAGUAUUUCCUGUGGUGGUUGAAGAUCCUCCAUUUUGAUUUUCCCUCUGGCUCCCUACUGCAUAAUUGCUCUGAAAGAAAUACAAUUGUGUGUGGGUCAGCCUAGUGUUCUACAGAUGUGUGAAUCCUAACCCUGCCAUUAUAGACCUCCGUCGGUAAAUAAAGAUGGUCGAUUCAU